CUCGGCGUUCAGACCACCGGCGGGCGUCGAACCGAAGUGUUAUUUUUUUUUAAAUAAUAACUUUUAUAAAUAAAACAUGUCGUUGGAAGCAAAAAUAUAUAGCCUCCGAGUGAUUUUGGUUAUAAUUUCCUUCGCGCCAUUACAAGGGGUUACAGUAAAGCCGGUGCGAUGUCCGACAAAUAAAAUAGCACCUCACAAAAGGUCACCAUAUCUCGGGCAGUAUGGAGCCCGAACCUUCGGUGGGGCCUUUUACGAUUUGGUGAGCCCUGGCGGGGCGCAGCUCGACCAGUUGAGCGCGCUGCAAGAGCGGCCGCAGGAGGACGAUCCAGACGACUGUGGCGACAUCGAGGACUAUGACGAAACGGACUUGAGUUCUCUCAACCAGCCAAACACACAUCAAGGGUACAACAACCGCUUCUUCUUUGGGGGUUUAUUGAAUAGACCUGGGCAGGUCCCGACGGCGCCGCCGACGCGUCCGACGUACAAGCCUUUGCCUACGCCCGGGCCGCCGUACUGGUCGGGCGGAUAUUUCGGCAACAAUCACUACCGGCCGCCGGUGCAGCAAGAACCAUCGGACUAUGUGAAACCCGUUCACGAGGGUGCUUACGAGAACCAUUCGACGUAUCGUCCGGACAUCGUAGGAGGUCCGCUGGGGCACGUCGUGGGUCACCGUCCCGCGCGGCCCACCACCAGGCCGGACGACCACACCACCGCCACGAGGCGUCCAUACCCCACGCGAUACCCACCGCGACCCACCAAGCCAACAUACACCAGGCCGGACGACCACACCACCGCCACGAGGCGCCCAUACCCCACGCGAUACCCACCGCGACCCACCGAGCCAACAUACACCAGGCCGGUUACGGACAGACCCAGAAUGUUCAACAACGACGGAAUACUAGGCUCAUUCAUUGAUCUACUGUUUAAAAAAUGAUUUAGUUGCGACUGUUAUUUAUUUCCCGUAGUUAAGUAAGGUAAUUGUUGUAGAGCCGAAACACUCAUGCGGGUGACCUGACCUUUCAUUGUUGUAGAGUCUAGCAGAAAUACCAACAUUUAACCUUUCACAUUAUACGUCAUUUGCUUGAAUG